UGCUCUCCCGGUUUUCCAGCUGGCCUACCCUCACCGGGUGAUCAUCCUGAAGGCCAUGGAGACCGUGGUGAGGAACAACCUCGACCUGCUGGACAAGAGCACGGCCAAGGUGGUCAUUUUCCUGGCCUCCAACGAGAUGACCAAGUCCAAGGAGGUGAUCUGGGAAUGGCAACAGGCCGCCAGCAACGUCCUGGUGGCCGUGGGGCAGCGCUUCGUCAACAAGGUCAUGGAGGAGGUGCUGACCAAAUUCCAGCCGGGAAUUCUGCCCCACUACUUCGUCCUGCAGACCUUCGCCAACCUCUCCGUGUCCAACGGUGAGCGGGAAGGGCCCCCCCGGGGAAUG